UGUAGUGAGUUCGUUAUAAGUCAAUUUCUCAUUUCUUUCUUUCCGCCAACUCUCUUCUUCCUCUGUAUAAAGCUGACUGUAAACUCUUCCUGAUUCAAUGAGAAAAGCUACCAUUCUCUGUUCAUUUUUUCUAGAAUUUUGUUUUCUUCCUAAUUCAAGUUCAAAUAAGAUAAAAUUAAAAUUUCUUUUUCUUCUUUCCCCCAUAUCCCCAAUCCAUGGAAAAUGAAAGCUAACUUUUUUUUUUAUAUCGUUUUCUCUCUCUCACUGUCUCAGCUGUCCGACUGUUUCUUGCGUUGAACAAUUUAGAGUCUCUAGUUCAGUGAGUGGCCACUUCAGUAACAAGUCCUUUCUUACUCUCUUCCUUUUCUUUCCAUCUCUCUAGCUUCAGCGCUAAAAGGACUAGCCAUGGAAACGAUUAGAAACUGCUCUAUUCCAUUAUUUCACAUCCCAACUUCACUAAACACAACCCAAUUUACCAAAACCAAAUUCUUGAAUUUUCAGUUUAAUAAGUUACCAACUUCAUCUUUCUCAAGAAUUCAGAAAAACGUAUCAAACUUCAAGCUUUUCACCAAUAUAUCAUCUCCAUCCUCCGUUUCAACCGAAUCCUUUGAACCGCUUGAGCCAGAGUUUGAAGCUGCUACCAACGAAGAGAAGUUUGACUGGUAUUCUCAGUGGUAUCCAGUUAUGCCAGUUUGUGAUCUGGACAAAAGGGUGCCACAUGCAAAGAAGGUCAUGGGUCUUGAUGUCGUGGUUUGGUGGGAUAGGAAUGAGAGUGCCUGGAAGGUAUUUGAUGAUAAGUGUCCUCAUAGAUUGGCCCCAUUAUCCGAGGGAAGGAUUGAUCAGUGGGGGAGGUUGCAGUGUGUUUACCAUGGUUGGUGCUUCAAUGGCUCUGGAGACUGCAAGCUCAUCCCUCAAGCACCUCCAGAUGGUCCUCCUGUACACAAAUUCAAGAAAGCAUGUGUAGCAGUUUAUCCGAGUACAGUGCAUCAUGAUAUUGUGUGGUUUUGGCCUAACACUGAUCCUCAAUACAAAGAUGUUAUUACGAAGAAAAAACCUCCCUCUAUCCCACCGUUGGAAGAUCCAUCAUUUACAAAGUUAAUGGGAAGUAGAGAUUUUCCUUAUGGGUAUGAUGUCUUGAUUGAAAAUCUUAUGGAUCCCGCUCAUGUCGCCUAUGCACAUUAUGGAAUACUUUCAACAAGAAAACCCCAAGUGAUGGUUGAUAGAGAAGGAGGAAGACCCAUUGAUAUCAGUGUUAAGCAACUAGACAAAGAUGGUUACAUUGGAAAGAUGGAUUGGGGCUGUAGUAAAUUUAUAGCACCAUGUACAUUUUAUGUUUAUGCUGGUCCUGUGGCAGAUCAAGUUUAUGGAACUGUAUCUUCAUCUCAAUCCAAAAAGAAUUUCUUUGAUCAGCAACUGUCAACACAUCAGACGAUGGCUUUAAUUUUUAUUUGCAUCCCAGUUUGUCCAGGCAAUAGCAGAUUGAUAUGGGCCUUUCCAAGGAACUUUGCAGUUUGGGCUGAUAAAAUCAUUCCACGAUGGAUGUACCAUGUUAAACAAAACCUGUUUCUGGAUUCAGAUCUGUAUCUUGUUCAUGUUCAGGAGCGUAAGAUCAUGGAUGUUGGCCCUGCCAAUUGGCAAAAGGCUUGUUUUGUGCCGACCAAGUCAGAUGCCCUUGUGGUUGGUUUCAGAAGAUGGUUGAACAAGUAUGCUGGUGGUCAAGUUGAUUGGAGAGGGAAGUAUAGUGGGGCUCUUCCACCAACUCCUCCUAGGGAACAGCUGAUGGACAGGUACUGGUCCCAUGUAGUAAACUGUCGCAGCUGCAAUUCUGCACAUAAAGGUCUGAGUGCUUUUGAGGUCAUUCUGCAUGUAAUUUCCCUAGUUUCAAUCGGUAUUGUUGCUGCAGCCAAACAAGGUGCCAUCUCAGCAGCUGCUAGAUCUACAGUGGUUGCACUGGCAGUAGUAUGCUUUGCAGCUUCAAGAUGGUUGAGUCACUACAUUUACAAAACCUUCCAUUACCAUGACUAUAAUCAUGCCCUUCACUGAAAAAUUUACUUUUCACUGUGCAUUAAAAUUUAAAAGACUAGACACAUCUAUUAUCUAUAUAUAUGCAUUACAGAUUUGGGAACAA